CACAGCGGUCAGCACAGGAAGGAGUGGUCACCAAGUUUGGUCACUAACUUAAAACUGCUGACAUCAGCUGAAUGUAAACACUCUUCAAGAUCGAAGAUGGAGUCGGCUGCCGAUCUAUCGCUUCUUGAACAACUAGGCGAAAUUGUUGGUAACCUGACUACUUCCGGUGAUCCAUCGUUAAAUAAUGAUCUUAUGAAGAAACUUAAGGCCGUGUGUAAGAAAUCAGAUGUGUACGUCAAACAUGUAUACCACUUGGUUCUGACACAGCUCAAGAAGAAUCACGCAGAAAUAAGGCUUUCUUCAUUCCAGAUCAUCAAUGAACUCUUCCUUCGUUCCCAUACCUUCAGAGAAAUGUUGCUAGUCGACUUUCAGAUCUUCUUGGAGCUUACAGUGGAAACUGAUUAUAAACAGCCACUGCCACCACCGAAAUCUGCUGCGAAAGUUCUCAAAGAAAAAGUCAUAGAGGCUAUUGACAGUUGGCAUCGUAAAUUUGGGCCACACUACAAGAAACUAGAUUUAGGGUACAAUUAUUUGAAAAGGGUGAAAAAUGUUGAAUUUAAUUCUCAUACAGCUCGAUCUCAAGCUGAAAGACGCCAAUCUGAGGAAAGGGAAAGAAGAAAGAGGAAUAUCAUAAAUGGACAGAUAAUUCGGGUGGAGAAUGAAAUGUCCGACAUGAUAAGUGAAAUGGAAUUGUGUGCAACUGAGAUAGAGAAUUGUUUCAAGCUGUUGUUGCCUCACCCUGAUGAUUAUGAGGUGCACUGUGGAGAGAAAUCUGCCUGCUCCUCUUCAAAGCUGAAGCAAGUGCCCAAUCAUGAAGAUGUGACCAAAAGUCAAGAUAAAAGAGAAGUCUCGGAAGAUGUUGGUGAAAAACAAGUAAUUGAGAAUAAAAUGGACAGCCAGAUGACUGAUGUUGAUUGUGAAAAGGUCAAAGAUGAAGGUAAUGAGCAGCUCCUGUCAAAUCAUGGCCUGGCAACAAGGUCAUACCAAUUGACUAUCAGGUUAGACAAGAGUGGGCCAGAAAUUAAAGAAACUGUUGACAACAGCAUUGUCUUGAAGACAGUUCGUGAGUUUUACAAAGAAUUGACUCACAAACAUUUACCUAUGAUAAACAAGUGGCUCUCAGUGUUAAGUAAAGGUGAAGGAAUGCAACUUAAAAUUCAACAACUCAUUGAUCUCAAAAGAACUUUAGAGGCAUCGAAAAGUAAAUUCCUUGAGCUUAAAAUAACUCCACUGGUUGAUAAAGUGGAAAGUGUUUCCAUGCAAGGAAAACCAGACAGCAGCAGUGAUGAAGAUGAUGACACUGAAGAUUUUGAAGAUGUGCCAGAGAAAGAAGGGAUUCAGUUGGUCAUUCCUCCAAGUGACAAAGAAGAAUAUGGUCUUGAACCAUUGCCAAGAGUCCAACAGUCAUCCACAGAAUCAAGUUGCAAAGUACCCAAUAAAGAAGAAAGCUUCCUGAAACAGUUUGGCGCUGACCCUCGAGAACUGGGAGACCCCACUUCUCGUGCAACUGCCCUCUCUCAUGUGAAAGACCAGCUGUCAAAUGCUGACGGUUCUUCCAUUCCCAAUGAAAAGACCAAUUCAAUGACGGAUGAAAAGAGACAGAAACUACUGGAGCAAGCACCAGUUGUACCAUUUGAUAUGGACCUGUAUUUCUGGGGAGAUCCCAAUGCUGAAGUGCAUAAGAUGGUGAAGAUGUAUCUUGAUAACAACUGGGCAUCAAAAGAACAUGAAGGAGAAUAUCUCAUAGGAGAUGAGAAAGCCGCCAGACCCACAAGAAUGGUGACUUUUGCUGGUAGUUUUCAGCCAGUAAAAUGGUCAUGUCGUGCACCAUUGCCAAGUGGUAAGCUUUGCCCGAGACGGGAUAGAGCAAAAUGUCCAUUUCAUGGGAAGAUUGUGCCACGGGAUGAAAUAGGCACCCCUCUAAAUUAUGUUGCGGUAGAAGGAAGCAGCACAAGUACAGUGACAAGUGAUGAACAAAAUCAAGCUUCCUCUUCAACAGACUGGAAGGAAAUUCAGCUUGAGGUUGAGGCAGCCACUGGCUUGGACUUGGGAGGGAAAAGUAAACGAAAGCGCAAAGGCCACUCUAAAGCUAGUGUUAACAAAGAGUUCAAAAGCUCUGGUCUGACAGAUCUUAAAAAGGAAAGAAACACAGCAAGAAAUCGGCUAGGAAAAAUUGUAUUGAAUAAAAAAGCAAUGCGACGUGUUGCAGAUCAAAUGGAUGAAAUUGCUACAAAGCGUUGUCGGGAAAAGUUUGCAAAUCAAUUCAAUUAUUCCUUGAAACAGUAGGCACUUUAAGAGAGCUAUGUGAAGUAAAAGAUCAUGGUAUACAGAUCAAUUUUAUAACUUUUGUAUUGUUGAAGGACAUAUCUGUAUUAUGUAGAUAGAAAUAAUUUAUUAUUGAGUAGGAAAGUUAGAAGCAUUGUAACGUGAUCCAUGGUACUAGCAGGGUUUUUUUUAUUUUUGUAAGACCAUACUUGAAGACUAUCUUUGAUUAAUCAGAAAUUCAAAGAUGAGUUUUACCUCAACCAAAUUUGAAAUAAAUGUCAAUACUUCUUGUGACCUUGAUACCGUGGAAUGCCUGCACAGGCUUAGCACUGGUAGAAUUUUAGGGAUUGUAGGUAAAAUAUAGACUGUUUUUCCCAAUCACUCAGUGUAAAUGUUUUUUUUACUGUUAGUUAUAGUGAACCUCUCAAGAAUAGCCACCUUGGGGACAGAGGAAAGUAGCUGUUGUAGAGAGGUGACCAUUAUGGCGAGGUAGGGGUGUAAUAUGACACCUGCUUUUUCAGGGGCUGCAACCAUUUUAGUUUUAAAAAUGCUUAUUGUGGCAUAGAAAUACAUAACACAAUCAAAAUAUAUCAACAAGACAAAGACCAAAGACACAGUCAUUGAUUUACUGGCCAUUGUCGAGAGGUUAUUCUGCUGUUGAGACAUGUUUCAGUGGCCAUUGCUGUUGUGAAGAGAUAGCUGUUGUAAAGAGGUUAAAAUAAGAGGAUGUAUGGACCGUCUGUUGGGAUGAAAUAUGAGGUCACUGUAGAGAGGUAGCUGCUAGUGGAGGCUUGACUAUGUAUAUUAAGAAAAUUAUGUGUCAGACCUUACAGGCUUUACCAUACAUGUCCUAAACAUGAAUACAUAAAGACUGUUCAACUGAAUACAGAUCUAACAAAGAUUAAUUAAUGUUAAAAUGACUUUGUCAUACAUGGUGUGUAAGAGCAGCUGAUGUGGCCGUGUCUAUAGAAAAGAUGCUAUUUCCAUCAAAGACAUCAAAGAUAGUAAAGUAAUAAAGCAACAAAACCUAUUUACAAUGUGUAAUAUUACACUCUAAAAAGCUAACAAUAAAAGAAAAAGUUGUUGUC